AUGGACGACCUAUACGACGAGUUCGGUAACUUCAUCGGCGAAGCCGAGUCCGACGACGAUGUGCAGUCCACCGGCGAGGCAGCAGACGCCUACGUGCUCGACGAUGAGGCCGAAGAAGAGGAGGCGCAUGACCAGCUGAUGGAGGUGGAUGAGGGGCCCUCGAAUGCUGUCAUAUUACACGAAGACAAGCAGUAUUACCCAUCCGCGACCGACGUAUACGGCCCCGAUGUCGAAGUCUUGGUGCAAGAGGAGGAUACGCAGGCCCUGUCACAGCCUAUAAUUGCGCCCGUAGUGCAAAAGAAGUUUACAGUGCAAGAGGAGGACCUGCCGCCAGUGCACUACUCGCGCGAGCUUAUGACAGAUUUGAUGAACUACCCGGACCAGAUACGGAACAUUGCCAUUGCGGGACAUUUGCACCACGGAAAGACGGCGUUCAUGGAUAUGCUGGUCAUGGAGACACACGACAUUCAAGAUCGCCUAGACUCAAAGCGGGGGAAGAAGCGCGAGGAACAACUGCGGUAUACCGACGUACACGUGGUCGAGCGCGAGCGAGGGCUCUCGAUCAAGGCUGCGCCCAUGACGCUUGUUCUCCAGAACACGUCCAUGAAGUCGCAUCUCUUCAACAUCAUCGAUACACCGGGACACGUCAAUUUUGCAGACGAGGUGGCAGCCUCAUUGCGGUUGGUCGACGGCGUGGUACUGGUUGUCGAUGUCGUCGAGGGCGUGCAGGUGACGACAGAGCUCGCUAUCAAGCAUGCCGUGCUAGAGGAUUUGCCUCUGACACUGGUUGUCAACAAGAUGGAUCGCCUUAUCCUGGAGUUGAAACUGCCCCCGCGCGACGCAUACUUCAAGAUAAAGCACGUCAUCGAGGAGGUCAACACUGUCAUCGAGAACACCAUUCCUGGCCGCGGCGAGCGCAGACGUGUAAGCCCUGAAAGAGGCAACGUCGCUUUCGCUUGUUCGAGCAUGCGAUGGUGUUUCACGCUGCAGUCGUUUGCGAAAAUGUAUGCCGAAUUCUAUCCUGGACCCGCGAAAGCGCCGGGAUUCGGCAAGCCUAUGAAAAACCUCGACGUGGAGAAGUUUGCAGUGCGCCUCUGGGGAGACGUCUUUUACAACCCUGGAAGUCGCAAGUUCAGCCGCAAGGCGCAAGAAGAAGACUCAAAACGCUCGUUUGUGCACUGGAUAUUAGAACCCAUCUAUAAGCUCUAUGCGCAUACGCUUAGCGAGAGCGCAGAAGAUCUGAAAGACACCCUGGACCAGCUAGGCAUCCGGCUGAAGCCAUCAGAAUACAAGACGGAUGCGAAAGAGCUGAUGCGGUUAGUUUGUCAACAGUACUUCGGGCCUUCAACCGGAUUCGUGGACAUGAUUACACAGCACGUUCCAUCACCUGCGGACGGCGCAAAGAGGAUGCUCGAAAGACAUUAUACAGGUCCUCUGGACUCCAAAACAGCGGAAGCCAUGGAGAAGUGCGACCAGAACGGCCCGCUGGUCAUCCAUGUCUCGAAACUGUACAACACCACAGACGCAAAGUCGUUCCACGCUUUAGGACGGGUUUUGAGCGGUACAGCUACAACAGCCACCUCCGUUCGAGUGCUCGGAGAAGGUUAUACCAUCGAAGACGAAGAAGACAUGGUAGUCGCCACCAUCACCGACACAUGGAUUGCCGAGUCGAGAUACAACGUUCCGACGAGUGGCGUGCCCGCGGGUAACUGGGUGCUCCUAGGCGGCGUCGACAACUCAAUAGUCAAGACCGCUACCAUAGUCUCGCAAAAGCUACCAGAUGAUGAAGACGCUUACAUCUUCCGCCCGAUCCGCCAUUUCUUCGAAUCCGUCUUCAAAGUCGCCGUCGAACCCAUCAAUCCAUCUGAACUCCCCAAGAUGCUUGACGGUCUCCGCAAAAUCAACAAGUCAUAUCCGCUCAUCACCACCAAAGUCGAAGAAUCCGGCGAACAUGUCAUCCUCGGCACUGGCGAACUGUACAUGGACUGCGUACUCCACGAUCUACGCCGACUAUACGCGGACAUGGAAAUCAAGAUCUCCGACCCAGUGACUCGCUUCUGCGAGACCGUCGUCGAAAUGUCCGCCAUAAAGUGCUACGCCCUCACCCCCAACAAGAAAAACAAGAUCACCAUGGUCGCAGAACAGCUCGACCCAGGCAUCGCAGAGGACAUCGAAGCCGGCAAAGUCUCCAUCAAAGACCCCGUCCGCGUCGUCGGCAGAUUCUUCGAAGAACACUACGGCUACGACCUCCUCGCCGCACGCAACAUCUGGGCGUUCGGCCCCGACGACAUGGGCGCCAAUAUCCUGCAGAACGACACCCUCCCCUCGGAAGUAGAUACCAAGUCGCUGCGCUCCGUCCGCGACACCAUCCGCCAGGGCUUCAGCUGGGCAACCCGCGAAGGCCCCCUCUGCGAAGAACCCAUUCGCAAUACGAAGUUCCGCAUUACAGACGUCGAACUCGCGUCUGAAGCUAUCUUCCGUGGCGGCGGGCAGAUCAUUCCAACCGCCAGACGCGCGUGCUACUCCAGCUUCCUGAUGGCGAGCCCGCGCCUCAUGGAGCCCGUGUACAGCUGCAGUAUGAUCGGGCCCGCGGACACGAAGUCCAGCCUGUACACCGUGCUUGCGCGAAGGAGAGGGCAUGUCCUGCAAGAUGGGCCUAUAGCCGGUACGCCGCUGUAUAACGUCCGCGGACUGAUUCCCGUCAUCGACUCCUUUGGCUUUGAGACGGAUCUGCGCAUCCACACCCAAGGCCAAGUCUCGCUCUCCCUCGUCUUCGACCGCUGGAGCAUCGUCCCCGGCGACCCGCUCGACAAGGACGUCACAUUACGCCCGCUCGAGCCCGCUUCAGCACAAGCUACCGCGCGGGACUUCGUGCUGAAGACGCGCCGGCGCAAGGGGCUCGCGGAGGAUGUGACGAUCAGCAAGUUUUUGAGCCGGAGCUGUUCAGGCAGUUGA